GGUGUAGUGGUGCUGCUGGUGUUGUUGUGUGUUGUUUGGCUGGUGGAGCAUGAGCCACACUCGAGCCGUCGUUGAAGCAAAAGAAAGAAGAUCUACUAUCUUUUUUGGCGCAGGACGUCGUCGUCGUGUUGGUGUUUCAACUUUUCACCAAGGAGCCAAUUUCAGUUCAACGACUACCGACGUUGGAAACUGUUUGCACACUUUUGUGCCGUGAUUGCGCUAGAUACAGUGUUGUUGGCCCUUUUAAAAAGGCCCUGCAAAAUUCAUAGUGCGUCCAACUUGAGUGAAAUAAUAACAUCCACAAUAAGAGACCGACCGACGUGAUGGACCAAUAACUUGGACCACCCCUCGCCUUUUUGGAUUCUGCUGAACUACGACGAGGCGAAUUCAACCGAGCAAACAUCAUCAUCAAUUUCAACCAGACACAAGGUGCUGGGGAGAAUAAACCAUGGCCGGAAGACAGAAUGCCCUCCUGUCCAGCAUGGUCAGUGAGUUGAAACAAAAGACGAGCAGCAUGAGUCAAUCGAUGAGCAGCGAUGAACAACAUCAGCAAAUGUCGUCAUCUUCAUCCGUCCGGACAUCCGUGACUUCCAGCUCGGCUUCUUAUUCGACUGCCACCGCCGAAGGACAGAACUUGGCCGAAAUUUACGCAUCGCUACAGGAGCAGUUCACGGGCAGCAGCAGCACCAGCAUUUCCCAGGCUACGACCAACACUCAAUACGUCUCCAGCCACUUGGAUUUGGGAAUUGACGAGGAUGAAGGAACCACCGCUUUGCUGGACAACAGCGCAGCCAAGCACAAGAUGGCCGUUCGUCCGCAGCGCAAAAGGCGUUCUGAAUCGCGUCAAAGGGACGGCAAUCAAGGAGAAGAGGCCGGAAUCGAAUCCAGCCAGCAGAGCGACGUCCAGGUGGAAGAGAGCGUCAAAAAGAUCAAAUCUUCGACGGACGAAGAAGCCGAGACCAGCAAACAAAGGGGAUACCGGCGGACUCGUUCAGGCCGCCAAUUGGUCACCUUCGAUCCUGUUGCCAAACGAGAGGCCGUCGUCAAGGAGCUGGUGGAAACGGAGGAGGAAUUCGUGACCGAUAUGGAACACGUAGUCAACGUCUACUACCGCCAGAUGGAUCAUCCGUCCACUCCGAGGAAAGUCAGCGACCAGCGAGAUACCCUUUUCGGUCCAUUCAAACAAAUUCAAGAGUUUCACAAGAGUGUUCUCCUGGAAGGCCUGAAAUAUUACGCAAACGAGCCCCAAAGGCUGGGCAGAACGUUUCUUCGAUUGGAGCGGGAUUUCGACAAACACGCCCAAUAUUAUGGCGACGAGCCCAAAUCGCAGGAACUUUUACGUGAAGACAAACACCUGAGGGAAUUUUUCGAGGAAUACAGUCACCGGAUCGGCGACAACAAACGAUUGGGCGAAUACCUCAAGUUGCCCAUUCAGCGCAUCAACGACUUCCAGGUUCUCCUCCAGGAUCUGAUAACGCAUUCGCGAGAACUGCGCGAGGACACGAAGGAUUUGCAAAAGGCUCACGAGUUUAUGCUGGCCUUGCCCCAGCGGCUGACUGAUUCGAAAUUCAUCGAGAACCUAUCCGGAUACAAGGGCAACAUCCACAAGUUAGGACGACUUUUACGACACAGCUGGUGGACGGUGACAGACAGUCGUGGACGGGCUAGAGAACGUUACCUGUUUCUCUUCAAGGCUCGCAUUUUGGUGACGAAGGUGAGACGAGUCACCGACGAUCGAAACCUUUUCCUCCUCAAGGAUAUCAUCAGGUUGCCAGACGUCGAGGUCAAAGUUCGCCAAGAAGAAGGAGAUUCCUGCAGUUUUGAUUUGAUCCAUUCGGAUCCGCGUUUCGUCCGCUACCCGCUCAAUUUACGCUGCACGGAUCGAUCCAUUCACGACGAUUGGCUGAUUGAAAUACGCAACUACGCCGCUCACGCUAUCGCCUUACAGGAACACGCCGAAGACGAUUUGCAAGUCGACGGUCCGGGUGAAACUGACAACGAAGCCGACGAUCCUGUCGUUCCACCUCCAGUUCAAACGAAACCGACGCAGUUGAAACCGGUAACUGCUGCACCAUCCGACCCAGCGGGACAACAGGAUUCCGCUCAGAUCGCCAAAAAGAUCAAGGACCUCAUUCACUUGAAAGGAGUUGCACAUUCAGUCCCGCAGACGAUCCCUCUGCAAUCGCCCAUCACCGAAAAAGCUCCUCCGGGCGAAAUCGAUCUUCAGCGAUCCGAUUCUGUCGAUUCAAUCAAAAGGGGCAGCGCCAGCAUCCGCUCGGCAUCACAGGCUUCUUUAUCCGAAUAUCAAUCGUUGGGUUCGCUUCGUGAAAGUGAUCCCCCAAGCGACGCAAGCGACGCCACUCUCUUCGCUUCGAUGGCCGAACCCAUACCUGAAAUGGCGGCCGAGCCGCUGCCCGGUCGACCCCGUUUCUCUCGCACCAUUCACGGAAACUUUUGCGAACCCGGUGAGAAAGCGACGUUUGACUGCGCCCUAGAAGCCGACGCUCCUGCCCAGGUGACUUGGCUGCGUAACAACAAGCCGCUGGACGAUCGUUUUGCCGACCGCAUCGUGACCACGUCCAAAGGCCGGAAGCACAGUCUGCAAAUGAUGAACUGCCGACUGGACGACAGUGGACUCUACACCGUCGUGGCCUCCAACGAGGACGGAUCGGCCACUUGCUCGGCUUCUUUAGUCGUCCAAGUCCUGACUCCCGACGAGCGUGAAAAAAUGGCCCAGCAAAAGUGCCCCGUCUUCCUUGUCGUAUUGCACGACACGGAACUGAUCGAAGGAACUUCUGUCCGCUUCAUGAUCAAAGUCAAAGGCGAUCCCAUCCCGAAUGUCGAAUUUAAAAAGGAUGGCAAGAAAGUGGUGGAAUCCGAUCGGAUCAAAGUCAUCAACGAUCAAGCGGCCACCGGAUUUUUCGAGCUGGUCAUCUGUCAAGUGAACGAAUCCGAUGCCGGCGAGUAUACGUGCAAGGCCCUCAACCGUUUCGGUGAAGCCACUUCAACAGCCAAAGUCACCGUUACCACUGAAAACGAAGUUUUCAGUCUGCUGGCCAACCAGGGCCUUUUGGCCCCCGGUGAGAAACCCGAGUUCCAGUGGUACAAGGACGGCGCCGCUUAUGAUCCCGAGGAGCGAUUCAAAGUCACUUACGAGGACGAAGCCGACACUUUGGCAUUGGUUUUCCAACACGUCAAACCGGAAGACGCUGGACUCUACACUUGCGUGGCGGCCACCAGCAGCGGCAAAAUCUCCUGCAGCGCUGAAUUGACCGUUCAAGGAGCCGUGCACCAUUUGCUGCGUGAGCCUGAAGCUCCUACAAUCACCAUGGACCUGGCGGACACUGAGGUCAGCUGCGGUGGAUCCGCCAUGCUGGAACUUAAAUUCAAGGGAUUCCCUAAACCUAAAAUGGUCUGGACGAAGAGCAACGGGGAUGUAGUCACGGCCGGAGGUCGUUUCCGCUUCCUCUUUGAGGAUGAGGAGACGAUUGCGCUCAUCAUUAAAAAUGUCGACCACAGCGACGCUGGUCUCUACAAAGUGACGGCCACCAACGACCUCGGCGAAGCGACAACCGAAGGCCGUCUGUUGGUCAAAGCUCCGCCCAAGUUCAGGAAGAAGAUGCAAGACAUGGCCUGCAUGACGGAGGAGCCCUUCAAAAUGUCGGUGGAAGUCGAAGGAUCGCCCACCCCCGAACUCAAAUGGUACAAGGACGGCCAGAUGAUCAUCGAAUCGGAGCGCAUCAAAAUCGUCAAAGAGUCGGAGGACGUUUUCUCUCUUUUCAUCGAGAAAGUAACGAUCGAAGACAGCGGCUCCUACUCCGUCGUCGCUUCCAACUCGCUCGGACAAAUGUCCGACUUUUGGCAAAUGGUGGCCAACGCUCCGCCCGCAUUCAUCAAGCAGUUGCUCAAGACCUACGAAGUGGACGAAAGCGAAUCCAUCACCUUCCAGGUGCAAGUGGAGGGAAACCCAAUGCCAGAAGUCAAAUGGGUCAAGGAUGGCAAACAGGUGAAGAACGACAGAGAUGCCGUCAUCAUCAAACAGGACGGAAAUGUCCACUCCCUGACCGUCAAUGGAAUCAAACGCGGUGAUUCGGGCAAAUACUCUUGCGUCAUAACCAACACUCACGGCGCCAAGGAAAACACUUCCGACUUGAAGGUGCGCUGCAAGCCCGAAAUCACGCAAUCGCUCAAGGAUGUGGAAGCCAAAGCGGGCGAGAAGGAUGUGACUUUCGUCCUGAAGGCCAACGCCUACCCUGAACCCAAAAUCAAAUGGUUCAUCGACGAAAUGGAGAUCACGGAGGAGCGCAACGAAUUUUCACGCGACGAUGAUCCCGCAACAGGAACUUACUCGCUCAUUUUGAAGGAGGUCAAAUCCGAAUUGUCGGGCAAAUAUACGGCCCAGGUCAUCAACGCCCUGGGCACGGCCAAGACCAGCGCAGUCCUCUCCGUUCAAUAUCCUCCCAAAGUUGAGGAGCCAUUGAAAGACAUUUGCAUCGAAGAGGGCAAGAAUGCCACGCUUAAAAUCAAAUGCACUGGACUGCCCGAGCCCACUGUCACCUGGACUAAGGAGGGUGUUGAGGUGGCGGCCGAUGCUCGCAUCAAAUUCAACAAGGAUGCCGACUCGACUUACACGUUGACGUUGAACAAGUGCACCACCCAAGAUCAAGGUCUUUACGGUGUCAAAUUUGCCAAUGCCCUGGGCCAAAUCAGCGCCUCUUGCUGCCUAAGUGUCGACUCCAAACCCAAGAUCAUCUCGGACAACUUGACUGUCAAGGAGGUUUACGAGGAGGAGGAGAUUAUUUUCGAAGUUCGUGCCAGUGGCCAACCUAAACCGCAAGCUCAAUGGACGCUGAACAACGAAACGCUGGUCAAUAGCGAACGUAUUGAAAUCAGUGAGACGACCGACACUUAUACUAUGAAAAUCAACAAGGCAGCCAUGACAGACGCCGGAAACUACGCCAUCAAAUUGACCAAUCGGUUGGGAGAGGAAACCAAGAACACUUCCGUCACCGUUAAAUCCCUGGCCGAACUGCGUGUUCCAAAGAUCUUGCAGGGAUUGAGCGACACUACCGUCAGCAAAGGCCAACAGAUGGAGUUGAAAGUCCGCAUUCGUGGACAACCCAAUCCUGAAGUUGAAUGGUUCAAGGAUGGCGAGGCGUUGGUUGACAACAAGGACUACACCAUCUCUAAAGAUGAGGUGGAGAACGCCUACACUUUGGUGUUGCCAGUAGCCCACGAGUCUCACGCUGGCAACUACACCGUCAAAGCGACAAACGAGCAUGGCUUCGACGAGUCCAGCGCUUCGCUGACGAUCGUGAUGAAACCUGAACUGAGUCACGAACCCGAAGUCAAAGUUGAAUACUACGAGGAGACCAACAUCGAAGUCAAAGUCACCGCCCAUCCCAAAUCCAAAGUCAAAUGGUUGAAGGACGGCAUCCAGAUCAAGUCGACGACAAGCGAACGCAUCAGCAUCACCUGCGAGGAAGGUUCCAACGUUUACAAGUUGAGCAUCCAGGAGACUGUGGCCGAAGAUGAAGGCGUCUACAGUUUUGUAGCCACCAACAAGGAGGGUGAAACGACUGGCGAAAUUAAACUCUCUGUCCACUCGGAGGCUCCCACCUUCUCCACGAAACCCAAGAGCUGUUACGCCAAAGCUGGGCAAACGGCCAAGUUCGAAGGCUGCGUCCAGGGCAUACCUUUGCCCACUAUUUCGUGGCAAAAGGCCGACGAAGUCAUUGUCGAAUCGGAGCGAUUCAAAAUGGAGAGCGCCGACGACGGAACGUUCAGUCUAACCAUUUCAGAUGUCCAGGAAACGGAUUACGCCGAGUACACGGCCAAAGCCACUAGCGCCGUGGGAGAAAAUUCGGCGGCGGCUGAAUUGACACUGACCAGUGAACCAGCAGCUCUUCUGGGCAACAAACUGCCAGUAGCCACUAAAGUAGACGAAGGCGAGCCACUGAAACUGUCAUUGAAAGUGGGCGGAAGUCCCUUGCCCGAAGUCAAAUGGUACAAGGAUGGCAAGGAGCUCAUUCCCGACGAGCGGAUGACCAUCACUUUACUACCGGAUGGAACUGCCGAGUUGGAAAUAGCUUCAGCCGAUUCUGGCAGAGAUUCCGGCCAGUACAAGAUGGUAGCUGUGAACCCAACUGGCGAAGUUAGCAGCGAGACGGCCGUUGAUGUCAAGAAGAAACCCAAGAAGGGCACAAUCGACGAAGCUCUUCCGGAUGCAGUGACGGCCGUGGAAAACGAGCCGUUGAAAUUGACGGCCCGCGUUUCUGGUCACCCCAAACCCGAAGUCAAGUGGAUGAAAGACGGCCGACCUAUUCGCCCUGGCAGCAGCAACGCGAUCUUGUCUCAUCUGCCGGAUGGCACCGUCACUUUGGAGAUUGAAUGCGCCAAACUGGAAGAUGCCGGCAAGUACAGCCUGUCGGUGGUGAACGAUCUGGGCGAAAGCGAAUGUGAAACGGCCGUUGAGAUCCAGCCAGCUCCCUCGGCGCCAUUGUUUGUCUCACCUCUAUUCGCCGUUAAGGGAACUGAAGGCUUCCCCGUGCGGAUGGAGGCUAAAUGUAGAGGCUUCCCUUACCCGGCCAUCACAUGGAUGAAGGAUGGCAAGAAACUAAAACACUUUGCCGGAGACGCCAGCAAGAAACCCGAACCCGAUAGCACGGUGCGUCUGAGCCUUACGUCUGCCGAUCCAUCUGAUGCCGGAGAGUACACUGCCUGCGCCCGCAACAGUUUUGGCGAGGCUAAAUCGUCGGCUAAAAUGGAUAUCCGUCCUCGCAAAUCAGAUGGACCGGAAGCAGCUGCGUCCGUUCUAACCGGACCGCGUGACACUGUCGUCGACGAAGGAUCGCCUCUGAAAUUGUCGGCCGUCAUUGGCGGUAAUCCGAUCCCUGAUGUCUUCUGGUCCCUCAAUGGCGAACUGGUUGACGAUUCCCGUUGCCUGGUGACCAUCGACGGCGAUAAAAUCACGUUGGAAGUUGAGAAAGCGGACAAGAAGAUCGACGAGGGAGAAUACGAAAUCAGUGUGUCCAACGAGCUGGGCACGGCCGAGUCUAAAGCCAAAGUCACCGUCAAGAAGAUCUUCUCUGCUCCUUCGUUCGUACAAAGAUUCUCGGACCUGCAGCAGUUGCCCGGCUACGACUGCAAGUUCAUGGCCAAAAUCAGCGGUCUGCCCAAACCAACCGUCGCCUGGACUUUCAACGGAGAUGAAAUUGCCGAGUCGGAAAAGUACAAGAUCAAACGAGACGGAGAUAUGUGCGUUUUGUUCGUUCGCGACUGCGCUCCCGAUCGGGCCGGUCGCUAUGCCUGCAUCCUAACCAAUGCGGAAGGUGAGGACCGUUGCGAGGCCCAACUGGAAGUGGUGGACAAGAUUGAGAAGAAGGAAAAGGAGGAAGCUCCUCAUUUCUUGAAACGCAUCGGAGAUUGCGAAGUCUACGAAGGAAUGACGGCCAAGUUUACGGCCUGCGCUUCCGGAUUCCCCGAGCCCGAGCACGAAUGGUUCCGCAACGGACAGAAGUUGACGGCUGGCGGGCGGAUGAAAAUGGAAAAAGAGGGCAAUGGCCUUCUGCGCUUGACCAUCAAAUUCGUGGAGGAAGCGGAUGUCGGCGAAUAUUCGUUGCGGGCGUUUAACCGUUCGGGUGAAGCGACAUGCUCGGCCGAAUUGAGUUUCGACACUCUCGACAGCCGACCCAAAAAGCCGGUCGGCGAUCAGUACGCCGAUUUCGACAAAUUCCGCAACACUGGCGCUCCUGUGCCUCUGCCGGAUCGCCCCAUCAUCCAUUUGAUCCACGAUCGCUACCUGACCCUCUCCUGGAAGCCUUCGGUGCCCAUUGGUCCGCGCAUUCCCGUCACUUAUCACGUGGAAAUGUGCGAAUGCCCAGAUGGCGACUGGCAAAAGGUUCGUUCGGGAAUCAAAGGAUGUAGCUGUGACAUCCGCAGUUUGGAUCCGUACCGCGAUUACCGAUUCCGCAUUCGCGUGGAGAAUCAGUACGGAGUAUCGGAUCCUUCACCCUACAAUUCAACCAGCCGGGACAAGCUCUCGCUCGAGCCCAUUGCCCGUCAGCGGUUCCUCGAACCGGGCGUCACCUACAAUCCCGAUAGUUCCUGCUACUUCCCCAAAGACUUUGAUCUUGAUCGUCCUCCUCACGACGGAUACACUCACGCCCCUCGCUUUUUGCGCCAGGAUACGGACGCUCAAUACGGAAUCAAGAACCAAAGCGCUUCGCUCUUCUGGUACGUUUACGGUUACCCGAAACCGACCGUCAAAUUCUUCUUCAACGACGAGCCAAUCGAAAUGGGCGGCCGUUACGACUUCUCUUAUCUGCGCAACGGCCAGCUGACGCUGUUUGUUAACCGCAUGCUGGACAGAGAUGCCGGCAUGUACGAGGCGGUUGCCACCAAUCCGUUUGGUGAGGCCAGGCAGCAAAUUAAACUGGAAGUAGCCGAACAUCCGCGCUUCAUCGUCCGGCCGGAAGAGAACAUCUUCGUCACCCGCAAGCCCGGCCGGCUCCAAUGUCGCAUCACUGGCUAUCCAGAAUGCGAGGUCAAGUGGUACAAGGAUUGGCUCCCAGUGGCCCCAUCCAGCCGCAUCAAGAUGCAGCACAUAAUACCCGACACGUACAUUUUGGUUAUCGACGACGUCAUCAGCAAGGACGAGGGACUCUACUCGGUUGUGGCUCGUAAUCCGGCCGGAGCUGUUUCGGCGUCAGCCAUGAUUCACGUGGAGGACAACGAGGACGAGUUCGCCUACCGCACCUAUCACAGGGGACGAAACGUCAAGGCCAAACAGGUGGACAACAACCGCAUCUUUGGCGAUUAUUACGACCUGGGAGACGAGCUGGGCCGUGGCACGCAGGGAGUGACGUACCACAGCGUGGAGCGAUCCACUGGUCGCAGUUUGGCGGCGAAAAUCAUGACCGGAACUGGACCAGAACUGCGAUCUCGCAUGACGGGCGAAUUGGACAUCAUGAACCAGUUGAGUCACCAACGACUGGUCCGUCUCAUCGACGCCUACGAGACAAAAGAUUCGCUGACGCUCGUCUCCGAAUUGGCCGGCGGCGGUGACUUGGUCGAUGCUGUCACUCGACGACCGCACAUCACCGAAAGUGAUAUCGCCUACUACAUCCGCCAAGUGUUGGAAGGACUUGGUCAUAUGCACAGUCACGGAAUUGCUCAUCUGGGAUUGACGCCCGGCGACCUUUUCCUAACGCGCCCCGAUGGCGAUGAGCUCAAGAUCGGAGACUUUGGACUGGCCCGUCGCAUCUACUCCAACAAAUUGGCGUCUCUCGAUUACGGAAUGCCUGAAUUUGUGGCUCCUGAGACUGCCAACGGCGAAGGAGUCGGUUACCCGGCCGACAUGUGGUCCGUCGGUGUCAUUACCUACUUGUUCCUCUCGGGUAUUUCGCCUUUCAGGGGAGAAACAGACCGAGAUACUCUCCGCCGUGUCCAAGCCGGCCAGAUCAACUUUGAUCCGGAAGCCUUUAGCAACAUCUCCAGCGAGGCCACUGAUUUCGUGACGAAAUUGCUCGUCUUCAAAGCCGAUGGCCGUCUCACUCUCGAGGAGGCGCUGAAACAUCCUUGGCUGAAACAAGCGGAUCGUCGUUUUGCGACCGAUGGACCCUCGGCUUAUUCGAUCCCGACGGAGCGACUCAAGACCUACUACGAGCGUCACUAUCGCGAUUGGUACGGCAACGCGUCCUGCCGCACUUGGUACCGUCGCCGCCCACUCAGCGGCGCAUUCACGCAUCCGUCCUGCAUGGUCUACCCGCCGGGCGAGGAGUACACGCCGAGACAGACACCUGAACCCCGCCGUACAUCCAUCAAAACUGAGAUGAAGAGUUUCGAGCAUCCGGAAAUUGGCGGUGGUGUGGCGUCAAGCGAAAGCCACUACCAGUACGGCCCGGAUACUUAUUUGUUGCAGCUGCGCGAUGUCGACUUCCCAGUCCGCCUGCGUCAGUACAUGAAGGUGGCCGGAAACAGGAGCUCUUCAUUCGCUAUGCGGAUGCAAGACAACGACUACGCCUUGCCGAUGAUUUACGAACGUCGUCGUUUCACGGAUCUUAUGGACGAGCAAAUUGAUGACGAGGCUCGUCGCGCCCGCCGCCAGUUCCGCUACGCCAACGACACCGGCCCGUUGCAGUACUACCACCCGAAUCGUCGGCUCAAAAACGAGCUGGGCGUCCGUGACGAAGCUCACACUGAAGCCGACGCCAUGUUGGAGGUGAAGAGAAACGGCCACGUCCCGUUCAUGCGCGAGAAACCCAGAACGGUGGCCAUGGUGGACAAACAAUCGGUUCAGUUCUCUUGCUUGGCCGUCGGUGAGCCCCAACCGUCCGUCCAGUGGUUCAAGGGUGACCAACUCAUCCUGCCCGAUCAUCGGAUUACAAUCAGCCACAGCGCCGAUACGGGCGUUUCGAUCCUGAAAUUCGAUCCGGCCCACGAUUACGAUUGCGGAAUUUACAAGGCCGUGGCUAGAAACAAGGUGGGCCAGACCGUCGCCAAGGCCCGUUUGGUCAUGGGAGAUAUCCCGAUGGAACCCGACAGUCCGGAAGCCACUGACAUCUCCGACACUGAGAUCCUCCUGCGCUGGAAAGUGCCCAGGCAGGACGGCAAUUCGACCGUCAUCUGCUACAGUUUGCAGCAGAAGGAAGCGACAGCCAACGAGUGGACUGAUGUGGCCGAUAACAUCGACCACGAAUUCUUCCUGGUGCGCAACCUCAGCCCCAACACCGACUACCAGUUCCGUCUGGCGGCUCGCAACAAAUUUGGAUGGAGCGAUAGGAGCAUCGGGACUCAGUCUGUGAGUACCAAGGAGCCGGGAAGUCCUCGCGUGUCCGUCACAAGAGCUAUGAAGUAUCUGCAACAGUUGACCGAAUCUGGCCAGCAGCUGUUCCUGGACGGCACUGGAUCCAUCGACGCUUCUGCCGCCACCGACUACACGGUGGAAAUGGAAGAAAUGAGGAAACCCGUCAAAACCAGCCCGCCCACCGACGACUUGAAAUUCAUUGCCGAAAUCAACCGAGGCCGAUUUUCACUCAUCGCCAAAUGCGCCGACAAGGAAGGCAACCGGAUGUACGCCGCCAAAAUCGUCAAGAAAGACGGUGACAGUCUGCAAGAGAUGAACAUCUUGCGUGGCCUCUGUCACGAACGCAUCGUCUCACUGCACCAGGCCUACGAAAGUGGCGAGUUUCUGGUGUCCGUCUUGGAAAAGUUGCAAGGCGUCGACGUUCUGACUUGUCUAUCGCAGCGUCACGAGUACACGGAAAAUAUGGUGGCAUCCAUCAUCUCGCAAGUGCUGGAUGGACUCCAGUACCUCCACUGGCGCGGUUUGAGUCAUCUCGACCUGCAGCCGGACAACGUCUUACUCAUGUCGGCCCGCAGCAUCGACGUCAAACUGUGCGAUUUCGGCUGCGCCCAACUCACCUCUAAGCUGGGCGGCACAAUGGCCCCUGCUGACCGCUCCUACCUACACUUCACGGCGCCAGAGAUCCUGAACGAGGAGCCGGCUUUCCCGCAGAGCGACAUCUGGUCCCUUGGCGUCCUCACUUACGUCCUCCUGUCGGGCGUGUCGCCAUUCAGCGGCGAGAACGAUGAAGAAACACAGCAAAAUAUUACGUACGUCCGUUUCCGAUUCGAACCUCUUUACAAGGAGAUAAGCAUGGAAGCUACUCGUUUCAUCAUGUUGGUCUUCAAACGGGCGCCAAACAAGCGACCAACAACAGAGGAAUGCCUAGAGCACCGCUGGUUCCAGCCCAGUGAACACAUGCUCAAGAAACGUGAACGGGCUUCUUUCCUCGGCAACAGACUCAAAGCAUAUUCGGAUGAGUAUCACCAACAAAGGAGUCAGCAAUCCACGAAAUGCGAAGAGCUUCUUUCUUCAUUCGGGCUGGGCUUUGGUCGAUCCACCAGCUGCGAGACGGACAUUUUUACAACGUACUGAAAACAACAACAACAGAUCAACAGCGACGAUUGUCAAGCAAAAGGCGUUUCAAAUCUGAUUUUCAAUAUCAAUAUUUUUUGUUUUCACGCUCGUGUCACAUUAUGAUAUGUAACGGUAGUUUUCACAACUUUUCUGGUCACGGUUUUUGGCAAAGUUUUGUCGUUAAAACAAUUUUCAUAUCAAAAGCAGUGAUUAUGUACUAGACUUUCUUGUUUUGGCCUACCAAAAUAAGAAAGAAAAACUGUGUUUACCAUUUA